CAUUUAAAUCAGAGUGGUGAUAAGUUCUCACACAAAAAAUGAAAUAGAUAAAAGGGGGCCGACUGAAUUACUUCAUUACCUGCUUUGAGAGCUUGCUGCACUGACAGGUUGAAUGACAGAUUAUCCGAUGGCGUCAAAAGUUUGUGACCACUGCACAAAGAAGGAGGUACAGCUCCACUGCAUAAGCUGUGAACAUAAAUUAUGCAAAGAGUGUGUGGGAAGCCAUUCUAUGAUUGAAUCACCGCAUGCCCAUAAAAUCGUGAAAUAUGCUGAAAGACAUGCACACACUCCUCAUCCAUUCUGUUUGGCCCACUCCAAGAGCCACUGUGAUGUUUUCUGCAAAGACUGUGAUAUCCCCAUCUGCUCCGAAUGUCAAACCGGGGUUCAUGAAAAGCAUGCAACAGAGGAGCUCCCAGAGUCCUUUCAUUCCAAGAAAACACAAAUUCUGGAAGAUACCCAUGCUCUUGAGGAAUCUCUUCUUCCACAAUACAAUCAAGAAGAAAUAAUCACAAAAUCUAAAACAGCCAAUCUUACCUACAGCUACACAGCUAUUGAAAAACAAGUAGAAAUUUUCAAGAGGAAAUGGGUGGAGGAAGCCACCAGAGUCUUCACCAGACUUGCCAAAGAAAUGCACAGUUUUAAAGAGGAAGACAUGGCACCCCUGUACUGCCAUGAAGACAAAAUCAAAACAGGGAUCCAAGAAAUGCGCAAGGACCUGGAAAAGAACCGAGGAAUUCUGAAGAUGGGUAAAGUGUCCAAGAUAAUGGGCUACACAUCGAAUAUAGACAAAUUCAAAGAGCUGCCUCAUCUGGAUUUAGAGCCCAGUCUCCCAACAUUCCUUUCCAGUUCUGCAAAAGAAAAUGUCUGGCAAGUUCAGCUGGAUGACCUUCAUUCAUUCCUUGUACCACCUACAUAUCUCACCUCCCUCCAACUUUCCCCAAUAUCUAAUAAAGUAUUGGUUGACCAAGUUGUCGUGAUUGCCACUGUGAAAACCCCUUACCACACUAUCAGAGAUUUAGCCUGUGCAGGGUUCAACAAAGUAUGGGUGAACCCCAUGGGCGACUAUGAAGAUACAGAAGUAUCACUGUUGGACAUUUGUGGUGAUAAGCUUGAGUCUGUGACUGUUGGUUCAUUUUGUAAUGGUCUUACCAUGGACCCCCAUGGAAGAUUACUCUACUCCGAGUUCAACAAUGUAAUGGUCUUUCAAAAUGGGGAGGUCAAUACUUUACUUGAAAUGCCUGAAGGAUGGGAGGGCAUGGGUGUGUUUUGUUCCAAAACAGGGAAUCUAUUUGUCUGUCUGAGAAAUGAACAAAAAGAACACAAGGUCGUAGUGUACAAGGACAAAACGAUGAGCAAGGAGUUCCAGUUUGAUGAAAAUGGCAAGAAACUCUACCAAAAUGGAGAGUACAUGCUUUUUCCGAGGGAGAACAUCAACGGAGAUGUCUGUGUCGUUGACCACAACAGCUAUACAGUUACGGCAGUGAGCCAAAAAGGCAAACUCCGAUUCAGGUACGACGGGAAAGCGGCAAAGCUUCCAAAGCCUCUCAACACCAACGACAUAGUCACCGACUCCAUGGGUCACAUCAUUCUGGCAGACGAAGGCAAUGACUGCCUUCACAUCAUCAACCAGAACGGUCAAUUCCUGAAGUGCCUUACGAUUCCCGGUCUGACCAAACCUACUGGACUCAGUCUGGACACUAGAGGGCGCCUCUGGGUGGGUUCUCAGAACAAUGGUGACAUUAAAGUCAUUCAAUACACAAAGUAUAUUCAGUAACAGACCUGACCUGAUUUGUGAACCAGGAAGAUUGUUUUUGUGAUCAUAUUACAAUGUUUUUGUGAUCAUAUUACAACACUUUUCUAUAUUUAUAUCUCUGUUUCAUAAUAUACCACAAAGUGGACAAAAGAACUUUUGUAUACUCGAGAAGUUUGGAAUACCUUGUGUUACGUAAUGCCUUUUAAUGUAUUGAAAAUACAUGUACCAGAAACUGAUAAUUUGACAGUCAGAUCAAAAUCUUGUAUAUCUAAGAUCUUAUCUCUUCUAAAGUUUGUUCUAUAUAUCCAGUCACUCAUUAAAUCAAAUGUAUAUAAUGUAAUGCUUUUUCAUUUCAUAAGGCAAAAUUGUAAGAUGUGAUUCAGACAGAAAGGGACAAUUAAUAAAUGAAAAUGA